AUCAAGUGUCUGAAAGGUUUUCAAGUGUCACUGAUUUAACUUAAAACAGCAUCAGCAUUUUUUUUUUUUUUUGCCCUUAAAUAUUUAAGGAGUUGGAGGCGGGUGUGGGGGUCAUUGUGUUAACAUAAGGAGGCUAAUCAUAUGUUCUUUGUAAGGUUGAAUUGGAGGCGUGUGCUGUCGCAGUGGGAGCGCGCAGAGGAAGGGAGGGCAAUCUUGUCCGGACGCUAAUAAGACCCAAUGGCUGGUGCAAGGUGGCCAGGAGCUCCGCACCGCGACAGAAGACGGUGGACGAAGGAGAGAAGGAAAAAAACAUCUGAAGAGAGAGAGAGAAAGAGAGAGACAUUUCUGGAUGGAUAAGGAGGAUGAGAGCGCCACGGGAGAGUCCAUAGGAAUUGCAGGGGAGUCAGUCCGGCUUUCGGUGUGCGCGUCAGUUUGUGUGUCUCGUUAAAGGAGCUGCGUGGAGAGAGAGGGAGAGAGAGAGGGAGACAGAGAGAGAGAGAGAGAGAAAGAGAGAGAGAGGCGGUAAGUGACUAGAAACCACACGAAAAACACCUGCGUCAAGGCUGGUGGUACCUGCGACGGACGUGUGAGGAUGACUUUCAGUUCACAGGAGGCUUAGAAACUGCUGAUAGUUGGGAGGAAAACUUUUGGGAAAGAAAACCUCACAGACAUAUUUUAUCUUGUUUUGAAAAGCUGAUGCCAAACUUAAACUUGAGAUUGCAGGCAAUCAGAUCAUUUAUUUGGUUAUAGCUUUUGGUCAGACAUCAAACACUAAAGCAGUCCAAACCUAGAGCGAGAACAACUGACUUUGUAUUGUUUUUAAAAAGAAGUACCUACAUGUUCCAACAAUUAGUAAUUUUUUGUCACAUCAAUAUCAGCUCUGAUACCACAUGAUUUGGAAUGGACCAAUAUUUGACCCUCAUUCACAUGCUAUCACACACCUGGAACUGGGUUAUCGCUGUAGGCACGGUGAGCCACUGACUCCUGGGAGCCCCAACCCUCCCCAAUGAAGCAAUCCUGGUGGGCCCGCCUGGCACAGCUUGGCCUUCUUGCUGUGUGGACCUGUAUAUGGCUGGUCCAAGGAUGCGGACCAGGCAAUGGGUACGGCCCGCCCCGCCACAGGCUCAGGAAACUUACAGCCAUGCACUACAAGCAGUUUUUCCCCAACUUCUCAGAAAACAACCUUGGUGCCAGCGGGAGAGCAGAGGGCAAGAUCACACGCAACUCUGAGCGCUUCAAUGAACUUGUGUGCAACUACAACCCAGAUAUUGUGUUCAAGGAUGAGGAGAACACCAACGCAGACCGCUUCAUGACUAAGCGAUGCAAGGACUGUUUGAACAAGCUGGCUAUUGCCGUGAUGAACCAGUGGCCAGGUGUACACUUACGUGUCACGGAGGCCUGGGAUGAGGAUGGUCACCACCCUCUUGGCUCUCUGCACUAUGAAGGCCGGGCUGUGGAUAUAACUACUGACGACAGAGAAACAGAGAAGUAUGGUCUUCUAGCUCAACUGGCUGUGGAAGCUGGUUUUGACUGGGUCCACUAUGAGUCCAAAUAUCACAUCCACUGCUCAGUAAAAGCUGAUCACUCUGUUGCAGUGGAAAAAGGUGGCUGUUUCCCUGGCUGGGCCCGGGUAACUGUUGCUGGAGGGGUUCAGAAGAGUCUGUCGUCACUGGCCCCUGGGGACAGAGUCAUGGCCCUGUCUGGGACAGGCCAAGUCGUAUUUAGUCAAGUCCUCUUAUUUCUGCACCGCAACCAAGAAAGCUGGUCUACUUUUCUGUCUCUGGAGACAGAAGAUGGCCACCGAUUGGCUGUUACCCCUCAUCACUUGGUCUUUUUAUCCCCCUAUUGCAGACUCAACAGCUUUGAGUAUCAGGCAGAGUUUGCUAGCAGAGCCAAAACUGGAGACUGUGUUCUCAUCCAUGCAGCAGAGGGUCAAGUACGUCCAUCUCGAAUCAUCUCAGUUUCAGUAGAGGAGAGUGCAGGAGUUUACGCACCCUUGACAGAAGCUGGAACUGUGUUUGUUGAUGGGGUGCUGGCAUCCAGUUAUGCACUGGUGGAGGACCACAAACUUGCACACUGGGCAUUUGGACCUGUGCGUCUCUUCUUUUCAGUCAGCCAGCUACUUUGGGGGGAGACGACAAAAGAGCAGCAGACCGUAGAUACUGAGACAGCUAAAACUCCCCUGGAUUAUAGCACAAAGGACAAAGCAGGUGUAUAUAUGAAUAAUAGUAUUAUGAACAAACAAGACAAUCUGAGUGAACCUCUGAGGUUAGAAACGAGACCGAAGCACUCCUCCCAAAGACAGACAUCAGAUGUGCACUGGUAUGCUAGACUACUGUACAGUUUUGGAUGUAAUUUUUUAGACUCCAACAUAUUUCAUCCUUAAAAGACUAAAACUAUAAACUCAGCACAUGUUGCACAUUCAGUCGUACAACUUUUGAUACAUUUACACUAACUCUUCCUAUUCUUUUCUUCAAUAAAUUAAAAACACUGGAAAUGCUUGCUUGCUUUUUUCACCAUUGUUAAUCUAUCAUAAUGAAAUACAUGCUAAUACCCAAGCGAUACAAUACAAGAGAGUGAGUUUGAUAAGACAAAUUGUCUGAGCAGGUUAAUAUAAAAACAGUCAUGCCAAAAUGACUGUAUCAUAGUCUUUUUGUACAUCAUAUUAUUUCUUUUAAUUAUUUCAAAUAUAUAUGUAAAAUAUAUAUUCUAAUGGGAUAGGAAUACAAUUUCCCACAACAACAGAAUCUUUAUUUUUGUACUUUCUGAAUCAUAAUAUAUAAAUGUUUCAUGUUAUUAUAAUAAUUACACUACAUGUAUUGUAUGUCCUCACUUGUUGUCAUGUCAUAAAACAAAUUAAAAUGUCAUUUUAUUAAGCA